GUAGYAACAUUAGUAAACACUGCUCGUGAGACGUAAUUGUCCACACGUGACAACAUGGUUCGUUGUUUCCUGAUCCAUAGCGUCUGUCCGGUCGGUGCUCUUGGUGCCGGAGAGAGUCGGGUUCUUUACUCCCGGGUCUUCGGUCCAGAUGAGGGGAUCCUGUCCGACCAGGACCGAGGGCUCAGCCCGGAGGAGAGACGGCUUCUGCAGAAGGAGAAGACCUCAGUGGUGGCUCGGCAGGUCUGGAGCGCCGUCUCUCUGUCCCGGGAGGCUUCGGGUCGGCUGCUGGUGGAGACGGAGCCCGGCGAGGAGGCGCUCGCCCUGCAGGAGGCCGACGGCGGGGUGGUGCGUCUGAGAGCUGGAGACCCCUUCUCUGAGGAGAUGAGCGCUCUGUGGCUGGGCGUCCAGAGUCUGGGCUUCACGCUGGUCUGCGAGCCCCACGAGAACCUCCUGCUGGCCGAGGGGACCCUGCACAACCUGACCCGACACUGCCUGGAGACUCUGCACAUGCUGGGGCAGGGCAGCGAGGUCCUGCUGAGGAGCAACCGCGUGGAUGCUCUGCUCAGCCGCCUGCUUCCUCACGGGCAGCUCCUCUUCCUCAACCACCGCUUCGCCCAGAGUCUGGAUAAGGAGGUGGCGGCGUACGUGGCCAAGUGAAGCAGAGCUGUUUGAGCUCAGCUACUGCUCGCUGUGACUGCUGUCUGUUACCGGAGGAACUGGCUGGCUGCUGUUCACCGCUGGUGACAUUGUUCUGCGGCGGCAGAAGAAGCUGCUGGUUCCCGAUGGCACGAGGUGGCAAACACAUCGAGUGGUAAAUAUCUCCCUCAGCCACUUGCAGCUCACUGUUGACUGUUUACUGUGUGGGAGGCCUCAGUUCAAAUCCUGUUUGUCAAAUUGAAGAGUGGAAAGGAGAAUGUGCCAGUUAAGACCUACUCGUCAACAUCAAAGACGGAGAUUUAUCUGCUUCACCGUACUUUAAAUGUCAUCGUGUGGCCUUCAGGAACCAGACCUCACCUAUUGUUUUCCCUUAUUUUUUGAUCAUUAUGGGAAUCUAAAUGAAUGUGAGAGUGCGUUACUGCCUCACUGUGACUUCUAAAUGCACCUCUUUGUUCCUGAAGAGUGGGACGAAACCGCCGUUUGUUUCUGUGCAAUGCAAAUUAUGAUUCACUGCUUAGCAACAAAAAGCAAAGAAAGAUCAAAGCCAGACCUUUUUAAUGUCACUUUGAACCAGAAAUAUCAUCGUUGUUGAGACAUUGAGGACAAUGAAGAAGGCAGGACAUGAAAUAUUAAACUCAAAAUGAAGGACAUGUAGAGAUGUUGGCAUACAGGAUAUGAGGAAGUACCACACAAACAUCCAGACACUUGUAAUCCUGUACCGUGUGAACAUCUGUUCGACUGUGGCCCCCCGUUGAACACAGACUCGACUGCUCAUCCUCCAGGCCUCAUAAAAACUACCAGCUUGUCUUUUUUUCUGCUGGCAGCCAAAAUCCAAACCCAGAGACUAAAACUGUGUCUGAAUGCCAACAUCAACUGCUUUGAUCUUCUCCUUUUUUUCUGUAUUAAAAAAAAAUAAAUCAAAAAACUCAUUUUUAGCACCACCCAAGGCGUAUUCUUUGAAACUUGUGUACUCUGCAAUCAAGGACACGCGGUGCGCUUUCCAAAAAGACGAGGCCCCGGGGAUCACACAUUAAAUAUGAUAGAACACACAAGAGAAAGAUUUAGAGGUUGUGUGCGUCUCACGGGGAAUAAAAUGAAAAACACAAGCUCAGCGUCGGAUGGAUAAAAAACCACCUGCAAACUGAACAGCAGCAGUUCUAAUGUAAGACCAGCAGAGGGCGACGCUCAUCCCGUCAGCCGUGUGGAGGCAAUAAAUAUGGAAUUAAGUUUCCAAUAUAAAUGGGAUAUGUACUUCCCCAUGUCUCUACUUCAUUUAGUCAGAUCGGGUCCACUGCCAGAUCUGUCCAGUGCAUUUCUCUUAUUGGGGGGGGGCAUUUCAUCAUCCUCACCUCCACCACAGCAUCCACCUGGAGACUCUGAGUCCACCUGCGCCUUGGGGGGAGAGGUGUUCUUAUGGCAGCAGAUCAAUCACUCUCAUGUGGAUGGAGGGUUCAGGGUUCAAAAUACACACACACAUUUAUUUCUUCUUUAUCAGUUGGUUCUUUCCAAAGAGGACGAUUCUUUCUGAGCAGGAUUUGGAAAAUACCAAAAUACCAAAUCAGUCCACAACCCUCAAAGUCGCCCACCACCAGACAUGCACCUGCUGGAGGUGGAAAAGCUUCUCACCUUGUGUAGACACACAAGAUGAUUUUGUGACAUAGUAGCUCACCUGGAAGAGGGGUCGGGUCGCCCCAUGUGCAAGCGGCCGGGGUUGCCAGAUCAUAUUCCGUUUCCAGCCCAAACCCACAAUUCAAUAAGAAAAUCAUAACCCUGCCAGGAAUCUGUAAAGUGUAAAACAUACGCAAUAGAAAACGCAUCAUAAGCAUACAUAGCUUCAUAUCUGCUUCAAAUAAAGAAAGAUAAAAUGUGAGAUAAAUAGGCUGUCAAAAGUGUCAGAAAACCAAAUACACAAAUUGCGAUAUGAGUGAGUGGACAGAACAAGGUGAACUGAAUCUUGUAUCUGUGUUUGUAACCAUGAAGUGACAGCUUGUUUGGUUUUACUGUUAAUGUUGACAAAAGCAGCCCAAAAUUCAUCUACUUUGUUUCCCGACCCAACUUAAUCGAAUGCUACGUGUAU